UUCGCCCGUCCGGCAGCAAAGCGCUGUUUCCCUCAACUUGUACAAUCCAUAUCAUAUAACCUUAUUACUACAGUACUAAUCCAUGUGCUUUACUAACAGUGUUUUAGACGUGAUCUCGUUCAAGAACUUAAGUUGCUGUAUGUUAUUUAUUAUAUCUUCAUAACUGCCCUUCCCUUUAUAACAACCCUGGCGUUUCCCAGUUUUGAUGGCUGUUAUCUCCCCAAGCAAGAGAGUGUAUUUGUGCACCUUUUGCUGGAUGAACUUGAUGGGUACCAACAGAGGCUUGUCAGAAAAAAUGUCUUGGUGUUUCCACCGUUGCCAAGCCGACUACGCUUUUUGAUCCACAAGACGACCGAGUCCCACUCAGAACUGGCCACCUUCUCAGUAGGGGAGGACUGGAGUCGCCGGGUGGUGGUGUGCUUUUCAGAGCAACGGUGCUAUGUAGAUGAUGCCUGUGACCCAGGGAAUAACCCCAGCUGUUCUGUGGGUGAGGCAGCACUAACCCCGAGGAACAUGGACAAAGCCCACGUUAAUCCCCCGCCCAGCCGGAGACGAACCAGAGCCUCCAAGCGACCCGACAGGGCUCUCUAUACAGCCCGACAGCGAUCGUCCUUCCCACAAGACCCACCAGCACAGGGCAGAGCCCCGGAGCCGGCCAGCUUGAGCUCCUGCAGUACCACAUCGGAAUCCAAACUUUUGACUGACGAACCCAUGGCCAUGCCCUCUCAUGUUUCCAGUAUGCCCCACGACGGUACCCAUGGCGGAGAUUUCAACAGCCCAUUAAAGUAUUUGGAGACAGCAUUGCCCGAGGCGGAUCACUUGACAUGGUCCUUCUCUUUAGAGCAGACCAUGUCUGACUUCACUGGCAUGAAACUGGAUCAGGGCAGAUGGGGGGGAAAGCCGAAGCUGGAGGAAGAGGCCGAAGGGGGUGAUAAAGAGGAAAGGGGGACGGAAAUGGCCAGCCCCUGUGAUGCAAACCUGACUGAAGACAUUAAAACGCUUAUAACUAAAUUAACCGAUGAGAUUUCCGCAGGGCUGAAGGAAACUGAUGGGGUGGUCCUUGAGUAUGCCCAUAAUGACUACUCUCCUUUUGAGACCGUUUUGAUGAAUACUACGGAAUUCGGCCAUGUGAUCGAGAUCUACGGCUUCCCGGCCGUGUUCAAGACAGAUGACCUGAUCGAUGCCUUCACAGAUUACAGUGCUGGAGGAAUGAAAAUCACAUGGGUGGACGACACGCAUGCCCUGGCGAUUUUCUCCAGUGAGACUGCAGCACACCAUGCCCUCAGCAUCAACCAUCCGCUCCUCAAGACGCGCACACUCUCACAGGCGAGCCAGCAAUCCAAAGCUAAAGCUGGCCAAAGAGCAGAGUUCAUCCAGCCGGUGAAGGAGCGUCCAAAGACUGACUCGGCUGUUGCCAGGCGCAUGGUCACCAGGGCUCUGGGGAUACAAACAGGACGGGUCAAGCGUUACUGAAGAGGAGCCCAGAGAUCCUUGUGGACUAACAGGAGGACUUGGCAGUCAUCUGGUGACAUUUAAAACAUUAAAUUUUCUUGAGCUGCCAACAUCGACACUUCAGGAUUCAUCCAGCUGAGGAGGCAGUGAAGUGAACUCACUGUCACACACCACGCUGCCAACGUUCUCAUGAGCCUAAUGGAAACUUGUCUAGCAGAAUCACUCAAGGGUUCUAUAGAGUAUUUUCACCGUCAGUAUCGAUGUUUUGUUUACGUUGAUAUGUUUUUUGUCACAAGUUCAAGUGGCAAACUAUAUUUUCAGGUGUUGUCGAUGGGGGUUUUACUUUUUGCGUAAUGAUCCGUCAAUUGUUGAAUUUCAUAAAAAAAAUAAGUGUUUGUUACAAUACCCUAAUGUUAAGGAGUCAAACAUAUGUCUAUCUCACUCAAUAAAAUAUAUAUAGUGUGGAAGAAAA